AUGAUGUUCUCAUCGCCUGUUCUCAAAGAGAAAGCGCUGGCUCGUGGAAAAUCGAUUUACCCGAAGGUGACAGUGUUCUCCGAAAUUCUACCGUUGGCGUCGAAAAAUCGCGUUCAAGCCGGACAAAAGCCAAGAGCAGCCAGCUCCUCAUGCACACAAGAACUCCAGGCACUGUUUGGAUGUCUGAAGAAGUGGGAGUUCGACGAUGUUCCAUGCGCCAAGCAGCACACACUUUACAUGGAUUGUGUUCAUAAGGGAGCUGAAGAAGCUGCCGCCUAUCGGGAAGCGGCUAGAAAGGGAACUCUCGGAGAAACGGGCACCGUCGGUAAACAAUCAAUGACCAGUGCUCAAUUCAACAAAAUCCAAAAACUCUUCCCCCAACCGGAUCUCGGACAACAACCGUAUCGCCAGAUGAAACGUCUUCCAACCCAGGAUUAUGCCGAUGACACGUUCCACAGAAAACACUGGCCUGGAAAGAGAUCUUAA